GUCCUCCCUCCACCCCCUCCCCCACCCCGCCCCAAACCCCCUAAAUGCUCCUCUUACAGGCUUCCUCGCUACACGUGUUACGCAAAAAAAAAAAAUACGUACAACCGCAACUCGAACCCCUGUGCGCGGCCACGUAUGUACCCAAUAUGGCUUCAGCAUUUCCCUUUCUUCUCCCCAUCCCAAACUCUUCUUCCUGAGAUGAAAUGGGAGUCCAACAGUUUGUUUACUUAUAUACCUGGUGCUCAGAUGAUUGGGACGGGGCUUGUACCCUUUGUCCAGGGGUACUUACUACCUGGGGGUUUCCCGACCGAGCCGCUCGGCGGGAAAAAUCAAAGGGAAAAAAAAAUCCCCUCUGUCCGGCCAGGCUCUCAAGUGGAUCAAUGGCGUUUGUCUCCCGUAGUAAGGAGGCACUUUGCGCUGCACGCAGCUAGGCUAAAACACAGCAAUUUCAUCACACAAGCCAUCACAGCACUGGUUGGACCAUGGACCAACCCGCUCGGGUGUGAAUUCACAUUCAAAACCGGUUUGAUCCCAAGUCAGGGUAAUAAGUACGGUUGGAAAAAAGGAAAAGGAAGGGGAAAAGGGCCCGUUGGUAGGGUUACCAAGACUAUAUGUAACUUGUCAAGUUUUGCCCGCGCGAAGCGGGUUGUUGGCCGGAGAUGGCCGCGCAUACACCCGGGCCAAGAAUCAUGCAACCCCCUUCCGGCGCCGGUUGUUAUCAAGCCCCCCCCCCCUCCUCCUUCACGGUGGUCCCCCAUGUCCAAUAUUAUUGUUGGGGCGCGGCCGCGCAAAAACUGCACUUCUGUCUACCCCCUCACGGUGAUUUCAACUAAUGCAUACAUAACAUGAUCCGGAUCUGUUCACCGAGUGGCCAGCAGUUGCAACCUCAUUGGUGUCAAUUAACGAGGAGAUCUCCAGCCUUACUAUAUAGCUCGGAUACUGCCCCACCCGCAGAUCCUCAUAUCCAUAUCCCCUAUACAAAU